AUGUCCAUCCCAACCACCAUAACCCAAAUCCUCAAAGCCGGACCCAUCCACUUCGGCCCCUUCACCGUCACAACCCAGGUCUUCCACCUAACCCCACACAGCUACGCCCUCGUAAACCUAAAACCCAUCCUCCCUGGCCACGUCCUCAUUUCCCCCCGACGGGUCGUUCCCCGCGUGACAGACCUCACUCCGACCGAGACCUCAGAUCUCUUCCUGACCGUGCGGCGCGUAGCGCGCAUGAUCGAGCGUGUAUAUGGAGCGUCGAGUCUGAAUAUCGCUAUACAGGAUGGUGCGGAUGCGGGCCAGAGCGUGCCGCAUGUUCAUGCGCAUGUGAUACCCAGGAAGAGGGGGGAUUUGGAUAGUAGGGGUGGGAUGGAUGCGGUUUAUGAGAUGUUGGAUGGGGAGGAGGGGGAUUUGAGGGAUGUUUUUGCUAAGGAUGGUGAAGAGGGGAGGAGAACGAGGUUUCCGAGGGUGGAUAAUGAGGAGAGGGUGGCUAGGUCGGCGGAGGAGAUGGAGGGGGAGGCGUGGAGGUUGGCGGGGGAGAUGGAGAAGGAGGAUUUAGAUUAG